AUGGAGGAGCAAAUUACCAGACCCACUCUGCAAACGCUUACCAAGGCAGAUGAGUCUCUGGUCGCCAAACGCACACUCAACAUCUCCCAGCCCUUCCUCGAGUUUCCAGCCGAGAUUCUGGCGGACAUCGCCCUCAUCGCCGUGCUCUCUAGCUCUCGCGCCAACGCUGGGUCCUCCACAAACCUCUCACCUGCGAAAAGAACAGCCCUAUACCUCUCAGCGGUGUGCCACCACCUGCGUCUUGUCGUCGUCGGGCAUCCUCUCAUCUGGGGUUUCCUCGUCGACUUCACCUACCCGAACUCACAAAUCAGUCCUGCCAGUGCAAUGGAGCAGCUCCAGGUAUUCCUCGCGCGUUCACGCGACGCGCCGCUGCACCUCGAGGUCCGAAACCACCGUAGCUCUCGCAACACCAUUAUGGCCGAGCUCGCUCCGGGUCGGUCCAGCAGACUCAAGAUGUACAGAAUGACCGUGUCUGAGAAGCAGCUCGCGAAGAUCGUCGUCGAAGGCUUCAAGAGAGAAUUUCCGACUUUGGAGGGCUUGCACUUGACCGCACCAGGAAUUUCGGUCAGAGUUGGAGGGGAGUUUAGACCGUUGCAGAAAAUGGACAUGCCGGUGCAGCGCUUGCCACCAACAUUCCGCGCCCCACGGCUGAAGUUCCUUAUCCUAAGCGGGUUCAUGGUCGACUUCAGUAAGAUCGGGAUAUCUGUCAACUUGGUACAGCUCAGCGUCAGGAAUAUUCUGCCGCUUUCUGGUGCACCAGGGGUAGACAUGUGGUUGGACGUCCUGCGUGGCACACCGGCCAUGCGCAUCCUCGUCCUCCAGCUCGCAAUCAACCCCGACGCAGACAGCGCGUCUGGUGCAAAGGGGAGCCAGGACAACAUUAGCCUUCUCCGCGCGGAACAAGUCAUGAUUACGUCAACUCAAGACGUUUGCUACACCCUUCUCAGUGCACUCGUGCUUCCAGAGACGUGCGGUCUCGCCAUCGAGGCCAGCGUAUGUGUCCCGGGUUGGAAGCUCGAUGCUCUCUUGAGGAUAUCCGAAAGACAGAUGCGAAACACUCUCCGCCUCGCGGAAGGCGAGCUUCAAGUGCGUUUGAAGAAACGUUUCUUACAGGUCCGGACGGCCAAGGACUGGGGAAGGCAAGGCAUGAACCUGGGCGAGCUGGUGUUGACAUUCGGUGGCGGUGUCGACUGGCCAGAAAUCCAUGGAGACCCCGCCGACGCGAUCUAUUGUCCUGAAAAGGCGACGCAUAGCUUGAUGGAUUUUGUUCGUCCGGUUGGCGAUGGGUUCGCUGGUCUUUUCGGGGAAGUAACGGCGCUCUCCCUUCGAGUGUCGAUUUUCGCAAUUCCGGACACGAACGGGGCCCAAGAAACUGAGGGUGAUACAGAGGCGAAAUUGGGUUCCUUUUGGAGCCGCUUCCGAAAGUCCAGGAGAGUCAGCGUCGGGAUACAUGGGCUUACAGGACUGUGUCAUGUCCUGAAGCAGAGCAGCCAAAUCAUGAGCGAUCCAAACACGGAAGACGUCGAGGCAGAAGUGGAAGAAAUCAUUUUCCCGUCUAUGGUCGUCUUGUCGAUAACGCAAGACAAUAUAUGCGCGGACGAUGACGAAAGGGGAAGCAGGGUUAGAGAGCGUACCACACCUGCAUCCAAUGCCAUUCAAUACUGGCAAGGAGUCAGGGACAAAGUCAUAGACUAUUUGAGGUGGAGAAAUACCGGUCCAAGAAAUGUUGAUAUCCAGGAGGUCGAAAUUUCGAGGAGAUUGCCAGUAGAUGAUUCCUUCUUGAGGCAGAUAAAAUCCUUUGGGGCAACCAUCUCAUUUAAGAAAGCUUAG